CGUUGACUCCAAUCCAACUCCUCUCGAAGCAUUAAAUGGUGCUUUGCCAGUGAAUUAUAUUUCUAUUUUGGGGGUGUAUUUUUACGGUCUCUCCUAUGAGGAAAAUUACAAGAACACGCUCAAAUUCACCUCCAAUUCAUGUGCACAUCAAUGACACCGUGCCAGUACACGUGCACCUGGAAAGCCAGAGGAGUCCUGGCAGGUCACCUCAGGGGAAGACUGCAGUCAACAAAGCAGACCUUCGUCCCACGGCUAAAGUCAAAACUCGAGGUCUGGGGAUCACGCCAGGAAAGACCUCCAUACGUGAUGCUACAUAUAAGUGGGAGGGGCCAACGCACAACCUUGAGAUCACACCACCGCAACCAGAGCCUGAAAGCUCGCAGUCUGCGCUUCAGUUAGCUGACCUUGCAUCAGAGGAGGAAGAAGGCCUACAUGGACAAAUCAGCCAGUACACGAGGAAGAUUGACAACUUAUUGACUGAAGUCAGCUCGCUGAAAAAUGAGGUAGAAAUGCAAAAGAGGGAACGGCUGCUAGAGCGUCAGUCGAAGCAGCUGAGCGUGUCCCAGCGGGUGAUCGCUGAGCAGGAAGAGGAGCUGGCUGAGGUGACCAAAGAGCUGGAGGAGACGGAGAAGGAAAACACCAGGUUACGGCUUUCCAUGGAGAAGAUGCUGGAGGAGAAUGACUGUAACAGGCAAAUUGACAGUGGGCAUCAGGACAAAGAUGCUUUACUCAGGAUGCUGAUGGAGGCUGAGGUGAAUGGAGCAGCAGCUGCAAAGCAAGCCUCCGCCCUGCGAGAGUCCAUUUUCAAUCUGUGCGCUCCUGGUAGCAAUAAGCCAUUUGGCUCUGAGUCUUCAGCCUUGGCCUGUCAGAACGAGCUGCUGCUGCAGAAACUGGAGACAUUUGAGGUCACAAACCGAACACUGCGGAAGCUUCUCAGAGAGCAGCAUGAAUCUCAGGUACUAAAUAAUAUGUUUUCUUUCCUUUUACAGCAUCUUGUUGUUAAACUUCAAGAGAAAGACCGAGAGGUUAAUCGACUUGGCAAGCUCUUAGAUAAUGAAAAGGACAAUGCCAGGAGCACAGCUGUUUUUUCAAAAAGCCUGGAGUCAACACGAGCUCAUUUACAAGGACAGCUCCGGAGCAAAGACGCUGAGAACAGUCGCCUCACUGUGCAGAUAAAGAACCUGGAAAAAGCAGCCAAUCAGCAGAAGGUGGAGAUAAAACAUCUGACAGAUCAGCUGGUGACACUAAAGCAGCAGGCAGGCGCAGACCGAGAGGCUCUGAAACGAGCCGCACGGGCUCAAAAGCAGCGAGCUGAGCGCAGCGAGGACACUGCAGGCCAUCUCAGCAUCCAGCUGCUGGACAUGGUACGUCCUUCCACAGCGCAGACAUACCACCGUAUAGCAGAGCUGACUGAGCAGCUUCAUACUACUAAGGAUAAAGGCAGAGCAGAGAAAGAAGCACUGCUGGAUCGUCUCCGUGAAAUCACUGCAGAGAGUACUGCUGCCAAACUGGAGAACCAAUCCCUGAAGGCUACAGCGUCUGCAGUGGAGGAGAAGCUGUCCGUGUCUCAGUUAGAGCUUCAACAGGUCAAAGUUUCCAUCAGACAGUAUGAGGGCCUCCUAGACAGCUAUAAGAUGCAGUUGGAGAAAACCCAGGCUGAGGCAGAUGAGUACUGUGCUCGGCUGGCUCAAGCAGAGCAGAAGGCUCAGACGGUGCAGGGGGAGCUGGAGAAGGAGAUCGAUGAAGUGCGCAGGGAGCUUCUGGGACGGCUGGCAGAGUUGGAGCCUCUUCCUGAAGCCCUACAGCGCUCCCAGCUACAGCUGCAGGAAGCUCAGGAUAGGGAGUGCAGCCAGGAGAAACACAGCUUGGAGCUCAGCACAGCACUGACUGAUCUCCGCAUGAAGGUGGAGACCCAAGGCAGCCAGAUGGAGCUUCUUAGACAGAAGAAAAAGGUGCUGCUGGAGGAGAACACACAGCUUCAGCAGCGAGUAGAAAGUUUGGAAAGAAAGUUAAAGGAGGCCGGCAGUCAGAAUAGCGACCUGCUAGCAGUUAUUGCAAAACGGGAAGAGACCGUCCACAGCAAUGAGCUCCGUCUAAAAGAAAAAACAAGAGAAUGCUCAUUAUUGAGCCAUCGGCUGGAGGAGGCUCUGGAUGAUGCUCGCCAACAAAUGUCAGAGACCAAAGAACGUGUUGUCAACAAACAACGUUCCACCCAGUCCAAAAUACUGGACCUAGAAAACCAACUCAGCAGGACCACUGCAGAAAUUAAUCAAUUGAGACGGAGCAAAGAGCAGAUGGAGUGGCGGUACCAGAGCCAGCUGCAGGAUUUGAAGGAUCGCCUGGAGCAGUCAGACAGCACUAAUCGAAGCCUGCAAAACUAUGUCCAGUUCCUCAAAGGAUCCUAUGCUAGUGUGUUUGGAGACUUUUCCCACAGCAGCUCUCUGCAAGCCUCCUCACCCAGCUGAUUGUGUCUAUUCCAGAACAGUGGCAUGACUUAAGCCUGUCACCCCAGUUUAAAUAGCUCAGCUGUAAUAAAAUUUCCUACCGUAGAGCUCACA